AUGGAUCAUCGUGAAAAAUCGUUACGCGAAGAAUCCUGCGCUCUGUUUGACUGCUUACGAGAUUUUGCGAACAGCUCAAGUGCCCCCAGCCUUGUCAUCACGGCACUAUCGCGCGAGCUUGUUACUUCUCCGGAACGCUUUUUCCCAACUGAUAUGGAUGCUCCAGAGUCGGUUUUCGAUCUCGGAGUUAAAACAAAAAGCACAUCGAGCUUACGAGCAGAGGAUGAGUCGGGUAGCGAUAGUAAUGAGGUGUCCUAG